AUGGGCGCCACCCCAUUCCAUCAAUCCAUCCUUGAGGUCCGGUUGCCGAGGCACUUCGACAAACCAACGGACAUGAGGUACGAUGGAACCCAAAACCCUCUGGAACACCUCACGACUUUUGAGGCUAGAAUGAAUCUGGAGGGAGUAGGAGACGAGGUAAGGUGCCGGGCCUUCCCGGUCACCCUAGCCGGACCUGCGAUCCGAUGGUUUAACGGCCUCCCGCAAGGGUCCAUCUGUGAGUUUUUGGACAUCAGUCGGGUUUUCUUGGCUCAAUUCACAACACGAAUAGCGAAGGCAAAACACCCGAUCAAUCUGCUCGGGAUAACCCAAAGGCCCGAGGAGCUGACUAGGAAAUACCUAGACUGCUUCAACGACGAAUGCUUAGAAAUUGAUGGCCUAACCGAUUCGGUGGCCAGCCUCUGUCUGACGAACGGCCUCCUGAACGAGGACUUUCGAAAAUACCUCACCACGAAACCGGUUUAG